CACUGUGCGGAGGUAUAAAUGGAGCCCGACGCAUUCCAAGGGGAGUUACGGUAGUUACAGCUGCGCUGAGUGUUUCCUCAAAAUGCGUCUAAUCGGGCUGUUCCUUCUCUCUGCUUUAGUGGGGACGGCCACUGCUCAGUUCCAGUGUGAUCCUCAAACCCAGUAUCUAAUGAAUGGCCAGUGUUGCAUGUUGUGCGGCCCAGGGACCAGCAUGACGGCCCUCGGCAGCUGCGCUGAACCUCAGUGCAAGGUAUGUGGGGAGGGCGAAUACCAGGAACAGAACACGAGAGAGCCGAAGUGUGAGCGUCAGCCAUACUGUGACCCAAAUAAAAACUUUAAGGUUGUAGGCGUUGAGAGCAAGACACAACGAACCAUCUGCAUGUGUAAGGAGGGAUUCCACUGCUCCGGUGAACACUGUGUCUCCUGUGUACCACACAGAACCUGUGAGCCAGGAUUUAUGGUUUCCUUUGCUGGAAAUUGGACCCAUGACACAGUGUGUCAGAAAUGUCGAGAUGGUUACUAUUCUGAGGAGCGCCCAUCAACAACCUGCAAGAAAAUGACAGAAUGUUGGACGAUUGAAGAACCAGGAACAAGCACAUCUGACAACAAAUGUGGAGAUCGAACUCAUUGGAUCGUGCUCGGUGUUUUGUUACCGGGGUUGCUGCUUGCAAUCGGGGUAUUUUUGUUUUGGUUUUGCAGAGGUAAACCACGAUUCUCAGAAGUAAAGGACUGCUUUGGAUCCUGUCGGGAACCUCAAAAUGAGCCACUGAGAGAAAUUAAACCAGUAGAGGAAAAUACUCCAGUGGAAGACUUAGAAGACCCAAGCUUGCAGGAGAUGGUCCAUUUAACUGAAAACAGAAACCUUGUGGCACAGGAGAACGGGAAGACGGAAAUCCUGUCAUGUGUCUCGAUCGGAGACUCGGAUAUGCCGGUCGAGACCCUUGAUUCUACAUCAUAUGGUUUCAAUUCAACUUUCUGAGUGUUAGCUGUUGUCUCGUCUCAUAUUCCCUUGUACAAAAUGACAUGCCUAAAUCUGUGUAUAUAAGUGUUAAUAUUCAAAUGUAAAUUGUGUGUUGAGGGAGUGUCAUAAUCUACCAGAUCCAGUCUACUGGAGGGAAGGGAUCUUGUGGGAUGUGACUUGAAUGCAUUAGCUUUAAAUUUAGUAGCAUUUUUUUUUUUAAUUAUAGGUUCUUGUAUAUUAAUUUAGUUUUUAUCUGAUUAUUUGUACCUUCCGUUCAUAUUUGCACACAAUAAAACACUUUGUAAAUGGAAACUUG